CGCGUUUUCUGGCCAACCUCCUCCCACCUUGACGGUUCUCACGCGCUUCCUGUAAAGGCAAUAGUAAUUAUAAUAUGCCAAAGGCGCGUCCACUUCUUCGUGGGGAGAUCACUUACUCGACUGCCAAAACAGAAGAGGUGAACGUUCUCCACCGAUUGCGCUACCCUGACCAGAGAGAUGAAUUCUUUGCAUAUAUUCUCGAGAAACGUAACUGGAUCGAAGCGGUAGUUGCUCAUCACCUGAACCUAGAAUCACCCAACCAGUGUCGCAUGGCCGACUUUGGGAAUUGGCAACAUGGAAGUUUCAAUUUGUGUGUCCCAGUCAAUGUUAAUACGUGGAAACAGAAACAACAGCCUGGAAACUGUGUUUUGUUCCGGCUCCCUCUUCCGUAUCGAGUCGGUGAUGCGUUUCGCCCUGGCAAUGGGGAUGAAAAGAUCCGGUGCGAGGCAGGCACCUACGCAUGGCUUGAACAAAAUUGUCCCGAUAUACCCAUUCCAAGACUAUACGGCUUCGCUACAUCGACCGGUGAAACUUUCACUCGCUUGCAAAACCUGCCGUUUCUCACCCGUUGCUUUGAAUAUAUCCGCCGAAAACUUCUUGCAGUUCUUGGAAAACCUACCCCUACGCAAUAUGUUCGCCAUCAACCCCCAAGCUCCAUAUCUAGUGACCAGAUAAUGGGAUCAGGCUACCUAUUAAUAGAAUAUAUCGAAGAAGAACAAGGGGAAAUGCUAUCGAACUCCUGGCCAGAGAAACACAUGGAGGCAAGAUUGAGAAUGAAUUUAUUCCGAAGCCUCUCUCGAAUAUUGCUCAGUAUCACACGAAUUCGCUUAUCGAAGAUUGGAUCUUUUGUUAUAGACCGGAGUGGAUUCUUACGCCUGGCGAAUCGUCCGCUUUCUCUUGAAAUUCAAGACUUGGAAAAUGAGGAGAUACCUACCAGUAUACCGCGCGGCUGUACUUAUUCCACAGUGGAUUCUUAUGCGACGGCUCUUCUUCACAUGCAUGAUAGUCGAUUACGACACCAACCGAAUGCAAUCAAUGAUCUUGAGGACUAUCUGUACCAGACAUCUGCAUUGACAGCAAUGCGAACAGCCUUCCCUUCGUUCUUCCGUUCCGAACUUCGCCAUGGCCCAUUUGUUUUGAUGCUUACCGACCUUCACCAAAGCAACAUCUUUGUUGAUAAAGACUGGCACAUCACUUGCUUGGUGGAUCUUGAGUGGGCAUGCACUCGACCUAUCGAGAUGCUACGGACUCCGACGUGGCUCACGAAUAAGGCUGUGGACGAGAUUGCCGAAGAAGCCGAGGAGUAUGAUAUAAGGCGCAGGGAGUUCAUUAAUGUCUUGGCUGCCGAAGAACAGAAAGUCGAAGCCGUCCAUCCACAACAACCAUCAACUACCCCGAAAGGGAGUUGGGCAAUGCGAGCCGUGGAUGAAAUUAUAGAAACACCGGACGCAUGCGACGAGAUGUACGCAGCAGGUGUUACAUAUGAGACACGACUAUCAACCAUCAUGAAAGAAAGCUGGGAGUCAGGAGCAUUCUGGUAUUCCCUUGCGCUUGCUAGCCCAACAGGUUUAUUCUCCGUCUUUUACAAGCAGGUCCAACCCAGGUUUCUCAGAUACUGUCCUGAUCAUGACGGCUUUCAACAGGUUAUGCCAUGGUACUGGUCUCAGGAUUUCGUCAAAAUUGGGCCAAGGAAAAUCGCCGAUAAAACCGAUUACGAUCUUCGGCUUAAAGAAGCAUUUGGGAUUGAGGACUAAUUACAACGUCAUAUCAAUUUCCAGUCCCACACACAUUAUUGGCCUUCUGCUGUGCCAGAUUCUUUAAACAUCUCUCCCAAAGCUUCCUCUAGUUUUCGGAGUGCUCUCUCGUCCUUUGACCGUUCUCGAUGCCGCUUUGCAGCUUCGGCUGACGAAGUAAGCUGCUGUAAGGUUUUUAUAUCUGAGCUGAGGCCGACUAUCGCUUCUUCGCCUUUCUUAUCUUUGGCUUCGGGCUUGUCUGCCAUUCUUGACUGUCUCGUCACGUCGCGUAGAGAAGUUCUGGUAUGAUCUUUUAAUCCCUUG